GUCACGAUGUUCAUGUACAUCACAUCACCGCACACAUGUCCGCAUCUAAAUAAAGUAACUCGGCCGAUCCACUUUCAAUAAUUCUCAUCGUCUCAUCGCCUAUCACAAUCACUCGGUUCAAUUCCGCGUUGCGUGUAAAAAGCGCGAUGAGUUUAUCGCGUGUGCCACCAAACCCAUUCUAGUUCAUUAGUUCAUUCCACCGAUUCGUUCUGUUGUGUGCGGACAGAUGUGUAAUAAAAGUCGUUUUUUAUUAUAAUAGAACAAAGCUAAAUUCUAAAGUCUAACUUGAAACGGAUGUAAUUGUGAGGAAAACCUAUGAAUCAUCAGAAUCUAGAAGAAAAUCAAAGUGUUAACCUAGUUUUUUGAGGAAAUUUGUUGUUGUUUUGGUGCUUGAGGCAAAAGUCAUGCAUUUAAGUCAAGUUGGAUGAGUUUAAGUAAAGAAGAGUGGUGUUUUUCUGUUGGGAGAAGUUUAUGUAUUUAUGCAAAAUUUAUAUAAGGAUUUAAUUUAAGUGUAAACUCUGUGAUAACGAAGUGAAGUGAAACAAGGUAUGAUUGUGUACAAAUUGAGUUUAAACGUGGGAUUGAAGAAAUAGGAAGAUAUUCAAGAUGAGUAAAAGCAUUUAUCGGUUUACGCGCAAAGCAAACAUCUCACCAGAAGAAACAGAACUAGUAAAUAACGACAAUGACAAAGAAGUUAUUAUAAUACCUUCCGCAAAUACCACUCCAGAAAAACAAAAUGGACCCCAAUCUCCCUUAAAAAAUCUUGUAAAUACCAAACAUAGUUCUCCACUUAAACUAAGCAGAUUGCAAAAGUCUUUAAAAGAAUUCAACGCAUCACUUGUGAAUGUAUCAGUGCUCAAACCAGCGGAAAGUGCUGAAAAUGUCGAAGAAACGGAAGAAAAAAGUGCAAAAGAAGAAGAUUUGGUGAAGCAGAGCUUACUGGACGUACGGAUACCCGCCGAGGAGUAUGACCACAUCAAGGACACAAUGGAUGCGUACGGCUACGAACCGUCGCUUAUCGACACAUCCAGGUCGAUUAAUCAACGCUCGGCGGAAUAUAACGGCUAUUCGGAUGAUAACGAAGAUGGCGGACGUGAAGAGCAAGGCGCGUUGCUUACCAUUGAGGAACAGCAACAGAAUCGAAAUGUUUUACCAUCGGCGUGUCGAGUUAACAUCGAAGGGAUGACUUGUAUGUCAUGCGUACGCAAUAUUGAGAGUAAUAUUGGUGCGAAAGAUGGGAUUGUUUUUAUUAAGGUUAAUUUACAAGAGAAAUACGCAGUGGUCCACUUUGAUCCGACACUACUCACACCGGAAUUAGUUGCUGAUGCCAUUGAUGACAUGGGUUUCGAUGCUGUUUUGUCUCAGACGAGCACAUGCAGUGUCCGCAUUGAGGGUAUGACUUGUAAUUCAUGCGUGCAGAACAUCCAAGGUAAUAUCUCGACGAAACCCGGCGUGGAAAGUAUCAAAGUGCACUUGGAUGAACAGCGCGGUGAUGUUGAUUAUCAUCCUUCUGAGAUAACUCCGCUGGAAAUUGCAGAGGCGAUUAACGAUAUGGGUUUUGAUGCGUUUUUAUUAACUUCUGAUGGUAAUGUUAAACAGAAUCAAAAUCAAAAAACUAAAAAGAAGCGGCGUUUAUCCAAAGAUAAUUCAAAUUCUAACCGCCAUCUUGCCAUCGAUAUGGAUAAUUUAGAUAAUUUAUCCAGAUGCACGCUGCAAGUGAAAGGAAUGACUUGUGGAUCAUGCGUGGCUGCCAUUGAGAAACACUGCUAUAAAAUCAACGGAUGUCAUAAGAUUCUAGUCGCGUUGUUGGCAGCAAGAGCCGAGAUAAAAUACGACGCCACAUUGGUUACACCUGUAGAAUUGGCAGCGUCCAUUACAGAGUUAGGGUUUCCAGCGAGUGUUUUAUUAAGCGCCGGUGGUGAUUCGGAGGUGGUUUGUCGUAUUGAAGGGAUGACAUGCGCAUCGUGCGUGUUCAAAAUCGAAUCGGCGGUGAAAAACAUGCCGGGGAUGAUUUCGGCGCAAGUUGCGUUGACUACACAGAAAGGUAAAUUCCGGUAUGAUCCGGAAGUGACAGGUGCGCGGAAUAUUUUGGAGGCGAUUGAUGCGCUCGGGUUUAAAGCGGAGUUGUUUGAGAGGGAGUCCAAUGGGGAUUAUCUACAGCAAAAGGAGGAGAUUCGUAAGUGGCGGAAUAGUUUUCUGUUCUCGCUCACGUUUGGUCUGCCCUGUAUGGGCGCCAUGAUAUAUUUCAUGGCGUUGAUGUCGGCUGGGACCAGUCAUGAGGAUAUGUGCUGUGUUAUUCCAGGUUUAUCUUUGGAGAAUUUAAUAAUGUGGUCAUUAUCCACCCCGGUGCUGAUUUUCGGCGGGCGUCACUUCUUUGUACAAGCAUACAAAGCCAUCAAACACCGCACAACGAAUAUGGACGUGCUCAUUGCCAUGGCAACGUCAAUCUCCUACACGUACAGUGUUUGCGUUGUCAUGGCAGCCAUGAUUUUACGCCUGCCAACAUCUCCACAAACCUUUUUUGAUACACCACCCAUGCUUCUAGUGUUUAUUUCUCUUGGUAGAUGGUUGGAACACAUCGCUAAAGGUAAAACUUCCGAAGCGCUGUCACGGUUACUGAGUCUCAAAGCAACCGAAGCUGUUUUGGUCACACUUGGACCCGGACAGACUAUCGAAAAAGAGCGCUUAGUCAAUGUUGACUUGGUACAACGCGGUGAUUACUUAAAAGUAGUGCCCGGAGCAAAAGUGCCAGUCGAUGGUAAAGUCGUCCAAGGGCAGUCUAUGUGCGACGAGUCGCUAAUCACCGGCGAAUCUAUGCCUGUGUAUAAAAAGAAAGGCGUCGCUGUGAUUGGCGGAUCAAUCAAUCAACAUGGACUGUUGAUUGUGGAAGCGACACACACUGGUGAGGCUACAACAUUAUCUCAGAUUGUUAAACUGGUUGAAGAAGCGCAGACGUCAAAAGCACCCAUUCAACAAUUGGCGGAUAAAAUCGCCGGGUAUUUUGUACCGUUGGUAGUGUGUUUAAGUUUAUUAACUUUGAUAAUCUGGACAAUCAUCGGUUUGGUUAAUUUCGAUCUGUUGCCGAUUCAUGAGCACGAAACACAUUCGUUUAAUAAGACUGAACUUCUGCUGCAGUUUGUGUUUAAAUGCGCGUUGAAUGUGCUGGCGAUUGCGUGUCCCUGUGCGUUGGGUUUAGCCACGCCUACGGCUGUCAUGGUUGGCACAGGAGUUGGUGCACAGAAUGGUAUUUUAAUCAAAGGUGCUGAACCUUUGGAGAAUGCGCAUAAAGUCCGAGCGGUUUUGUUUGAUAAAACUGGGACGAUUACAAAAGGACAACCGGAAGUGGCGGCGGUGUGGAUGACAACGCAGGAUAUCCCUCCGGCGACUUUAUUGGCUGUUCUCGGCGUGGCUGAGAAAAAUUCCGAGCAUCCAAUUGCAGCGUCGAUUAUUCGCUUUGUGGAGCAAGUCUUCCAGAUGGAGAUUAGUGGAUCCAGUGAUGAUUUUCAAGCGGUGCCAGGCUGUGGAUUGAGGUGUACGGUGAAGGAUGUUGCGACGAUGGUGAAUAAUGGGAAAUCACAGGAGUUUAGUAAUUUUUUGAAUGAUGCGCAGAACGCAGGCGGGGAUUUGGGAUCUAGGAAACUGCUUUUGAAUGGAAUUGUUGUGGAAGUUGUGAAUUCAUCCGCGCAUAAUUUAGGACAAUUAAUUGGUUUAAAACUUGAUGAUAUCCGUGACAACUACCACGUAAUCGUUGGUAAUCGUGAAUGGAUGAACCGCAAUGGCCAUAUUGUGACGCCCGACCUCGAUCGUAAGAUGCAACUUGAAGAAGAACAAGGCAGAUCGGCGGUUUUAUGCGCCAUUGAUGGUGUUAUCGUUGCGAUGAUAAGCGUGGCGGAUCCUGUGAAACCAGAAGCAGCACUUGCGGUUUAUUCUCUGAAGAAACGAGGACUGGAUGUUUAUUUGCUCACUGGAGAUAAUCGGAAGACCGCCGCCAGUAUUGCACGUCAAGUUGGUAUUACCAAGGUUUACGCCGAGGUUUUACCUUCACAUAAAGUUGCGCGUGUCUCAAGAUUGCAAAGUAAAGGUGUGAAAGUGGCGAUGGUUGGUGAUGGAAUUAAUGAUUCGCCAGCGUUAGCACAAGCGGAUGUUGGCAUGGCGAUUGCUUCCGGUACCGAUGUUGCGGUGGAAGCUGCGCAGGUCGUUUUAAUGCGUAAUGAUUUACUCGACGUGGUCGCAUGUUUGGACCUAUCUCGGAAAACAGUCAAACGCAUCCGGCUUAACUUUUUGCUUGCCAGUCUCUAUAAUAUCCUCUGUAUUCCUUUGGCUGCUGGUGCAUUCUCAACCUUUGGGCUAACCCUUGCACCUUGGAUGGCCAGCGGUGCCAUGGCUUUGUCUUCCGUGUCGGUCGUCAGCAGCAGUUUACUGCUAAAACUCUGGAAAAAACCGAAUGCCGCCAUUUUGACGACACCAGACUUCCUCGCUGAUCGAAAUCGCGCACAUCAAGACGACACGAUUUCAAUUCAUCGUGGUAUGGAUGAUCUGGAGCAGGGCGCGUCCACGCAGCCACAGCAAGCGUCGGCAUUCUCAAGGUUUUUAAAUCGAAAUCGAAUGAUGAGCGAACUUCUGCUGGCUAGCCACGAUGCAGACGACGACUCAGGCAUAACGUACUUGACGCAGACGGCGGCAUCCACAUCCAAUUCCAGGAAGAAGCAGAACGGAGCCGCCCACGCAUAGUAAAACGCCAUGUAUCCUUCGACAGAAGUCUGAAUUUUUACUGCUUCGCCACAAUUUACUUACAACGACGUAAUCGCAUCACAGAUUUAUUACUUAAGCAUUAAAUUCAUAAGUACGUUUUGUUUUACUUAAACUUUCAUGCGCAUUUAGGCGAACGUCUUUGAUUUAAGUUGAAAUUUGUUUGUAAUAUUUAUGGCUUGUAAAUUGGCCAACUUUUGUAAUCAAAAUGAAACUAGGAAUUCAGCCAUUUCACAGUUUCAAAAGUGGAUUUUAUAAGUAUUUUGUAUUAUUUUAUUAUGUGGAAUGAUGACCAGUGUGAUAUGUAUCUUUCUGAAAUGUAAUUUCCGCAGUAUUGCGCAGUACUUAUAGAAAAGAUAAUGAAUAUGUACUAGAAGAUUAUCCAGAAGGGUGCAGAAUUGUUGAUAAAGGCUAUUAAAUUUAUUUUAGUAAA